AUGGGUGGCCCGGGCGUCCAGCCAGGGCAGGUGGAGAACCUCAUCGCCAGCGGAGGCUUGACCGAUCGCGCCAUUUCUGAUGCAGAGACUGCCCUCGGGCGUUACAAGGACCCGUUCUGGAACGCGGAUCAGGCGGAUCAGGUGACGAAGGUGUAUGCAGCACUGAAACAGCUGAGCGGGAACAAGACGAAAAUCGGGAAGGAGCAGCUGAAAAGUUUUGUGAAAAAGGUGAAGAUCGAGGCGGUGGCGACGGUGAGGCAGGUCUACUGGGUCUGCCCGACAGCAUCAGUGCCACCGGGUCUUCCCGAGCAAGCCAUCAAAGACCCUAACAAGUUCAGCUUGCCGCCAGGGUUUGACCCUGCUGGCAUGACUAUCCUCGACAAGAAGGUGAGCCUCGACCUUCUACCAUGGGACACAGGCGAGAUUGAGCUCGCCAUGAGACAGACUUGGGGCACGAGCGCGUUGGCAUCCAGUGGCCUUCCCGCGCUGGGCGUCGCGGCGGUGCCCAAGGCGCUGCCUCCCCCUCCGCCGGUGGAGCAGGCUCCUUCGCAGCAGGCGCCGAGUAGCGCUUCAGGGACCACUAAGAAAAAAACAGUGUUGACCAAAAAGGACAGCGAGGAGCCAGACUUGGAAACAACUUUGGAGGACAUGCUUGGCCGUCUGACGGCGGCCGCGGAAAGGAAGGUGUGGCAUUCCACAAACAAGAACAUUAAGUCGACGGUGGAGCAUUGGCUCGGCCGCUUCGCGGAUCACGCCGUGGCGGCGAAUUGGGAGAAAGAGACGCACAGUCGUGAGUUGGAUAUUGCCGCGGGGUUCAUGAAGUUCACGGUGAAAGCCCUCGUGAAACACGAGAGUUUGGAGUUCGUCCCCUUCAUGGCAGUUCAUUUGAAAAAGGUCGAGGAGAAGUAUUCUGGUAUCAUGCCAAAGACAGGACAUUGCCUCAUAGCUUUGGCGGGGAUCGACGUUCUUUCCGAUGCCAAGGUGGACUUGUCUACAUUGUCGCUCGGCGGCCAGUUGGAUUUCGAGGAUUCCGUCGUGUUCCAGCAAUUCGAGUUCAAGAGGUUCAGGGCUCAGUUGAAGAAGGUGAAAUGUGAUGCGUCGGAAAAGGACCAAACCAGACACGGCAAAUUGGUACAUAUGAGCGCAGGCAACCAAAAAGUCUUGGACGGUUUGAGCGCAGAGGACAAUGAGGACUUGGAAUUCGGAAUGGCCAUUCUGAGCGACGUGUUGAGUCAGAAAGCGAAGGUGCAACACAUUUGCGGCCUCAAGGAUGGCCGUGGUUGGAGCUUGCUGUCCGAGUGGGUGCCAGAAUCAAGGCUGUUAAAACUCCGUCCGCUGUACGAGUCGGGAGAUAUGAGUUUGGAUACGUUCAAAACGAUCGUGUCGGAGUUCAACGAUGGGGAGAGGGCCGAAAUUGCGGAGGUGGCUCCGUGGAACCCUGUCUACGACAAGUUGUGCGACGUGAUGGCCAAGCUGAGGGAGGCAGUGUCCGCGCAGAAGUUGCGGGAUACGAUUUUCGCGCAAACGUACACGCGCCCUUCCUGA